AUUCCCCAGUGUUUAUAUAGUCUCCAGCAGCAGAUCCCAGGCCUUUCAGCACCGGGCUAGCUCCAGCACCAUGGCUGGCAUCUUGGAGGUGAUCCUGGCCAUCAGGAAAUACCUCAUCAUAAUUUUAGUACCCCUUCUCGCUCUUGCUCUUCCUCUGGCAGUGCCUACCAAGGAGGCAGAAUGCGGUUAUGUUAUCAUAGUGAUGGCACUUUUAUGGUGCACAGAAGCCCUGCCAUUGGCUGUCACAGCUCUCCUGCCUGUCCUGCUGUUCCCGCUAAUGAAUAUCAUGGAUUCAACAACAGUCUGUCGGGAAUAUUUAAAGGACACGAACAUGCUCUUUAUAGGGGGACUGGUGAUGGCCAUUGCCAUUGAGCAAUGGAACCUACACAAGCGUGUGGCCCUGAAGGUCUUGCUUCUCACUGGUGUCAGACCAGCCCUACUUCUCAUGGGUUUCAUGGUCGUGACUGCCUUCCUGUCGAUGUGGAUCAGCAACACAGCCACCACUGCCGUGAUGGUCCCCAUAGCACAGGCAGUGCUGGAUCAGCUGCACAGGUCAGAACUGGAAUCCAGUGAUGCUGGCCAAGCGUCUGAAAACAUCAACAAAGCCUUUGAGCUGCAGGAAGGGUCAACUCCACCUGUUAACUCAAAAGAGAAAGAGGAAAAAGAUAAUACUCAUGUCCUGAUGAUUGAGGAGGACAGAAAGAGAAAUGAAGCUCUGCUAGAGGCGAAACACUUGAAACUGUGCAAGGGAAUGUCUCUCUGUAUUUGUUACUCAUCCAGUAUUGGAGGGAUUGCAACUCUGACUGGGACAACACCAAAUCUGGUACUGCAAGGACAAAUUAAUGACCUCUAUGAAGAUAAUGGUGGUGUCAUCAACUUUGCCUCCUGGUUCUCCUUUGCCUUCCCCACCAUGGUUGUGCUGCUGGUUUUGGCAUGGAUUUGGCUAGAGAUACUGUACUUGGGCUUUAAUUUUAAGGAGAAUUUCGGCUGUGUUGCAAGUCCCUCUGCCAAGGCUAAGGAGAAGGAGGCCUAUGCCGUCAUCAGGGAAGAGAGCAGGAAAUUGGGCAGAAUGAAAUUUGCAGAAAUAGCAGUUUUGGUCCUCUUCAUACUCAUGGUACUGCUCUGGUUUACAAGAGAUCCUGGGUUCAUACCAGGCUGGGCAACAGUUCUUUUCAACAAAGAUAAUAUAAGGUAUGUCACUGAUGGUACAGUUGCCAUCUUCAUUGCAAUUUUGUUGUUCAUCAUCCCUUCUGGCUUUUACAAUGCACAAACAGAUGGCAGUUCAAAGUUCCAAGCACCUCCACCUCUUCUGGAAUGGAAAGUAGUUCAUGAGAAAAUGCCAUGGAGUAUUGUGUUUCUGCUGGGAGGUGGCUUUGCCUUAGCCAAAGGCAGUGAGGAAUCUGGUCUGUCUACAUGGUUAGGUACCAGACUGACUCCCCUGCAGAGCAUCCCUCACCCAGCCAUUGCUUUCCUGGUGUGUCUCCUUGUUGCCACUUUCACCGAAUGCACCAGCAAUGUGGCCACCACCACCCUCUUUCUCCCUAUUGUGGCUUCAAUGGCUGAAGCCAUUUGCCUCAACCCACUCUAUGUCAUGCUGCCCUGCACACUUUCUGCAUCGCUGGCAUUCAUGCUCCCUGUGGCCACUCCUCCCAACGCCAUUGUCUUCUCCUAUGGACAGCUCAAGGUUAUUGAUAUGGUCAAAGCUGGAUUUGUACUCAACAUUCUGGGAGUUCUGACAAUAACUCUUGCCAUCAAUACCUGGGCUUCAUCUUUGUUCCAGCUACAAACUUUCCCAUCUUGGGCAAACAAGACAGGCAUGUGCCCAUAACGUGGAGAGGCGAAG